AUGCCUUCAGACGACGAGCACAGUGUAAGCGACGUGAGUGAUGUUGAGGAGGAGGUACAAACGCCUGCUCAAGAGGUGGAAGAUUGUAGCAACUCGGAUGUUGUGACUAAGUACAAACUAGCGGCUGAGAUUGCACAGUCUGCUUUGCAGGGUGUUCUAUCGCAACUAGUAGCGGGUGCAGACCUUGUGAAAGUGUGCGAAUUUGGGGACCAUAUUGUUAAAAUUCGCUGUGCUGCAAUAUUUAAAAGCAAAAAAGUGGACAAAGGAUUGGCAUUUCCGACGUGUAUUUCGGUAAAUGAAAUCUUAUGUCACUUUUCUCCAUUAGCAAAAGAAUCAAUGACCGUCAAGGCUGGCGAUUGGGUUAAGAUUGAUCUUGGAUGCCAUAUUGAUGGCUAUAUUGCUGUUGUAGCUCACACAGCUAUUGUUCCAAUGGAGGGAUCAGCUGCUGAAGCCGAGUUUCCGGAACUUAAUGGGGUUGAAGCUGAUGUCUUCAAAUGUGCUCAUGAUGCUGUCGAGCUAUGUUCACGUCUUAUUAAGCCUGGCAACACAAAUUUGCAAGUCACAGAGGCACUUGCAAAGUUGGAGCAGUCGUACGGUGUGAAGAGUCUACAAGGAACGCUCAUGCAUCAAUUAAAACGGUUUGUCAUUGAUGGAAACAAAAUGAUUGCUCAAAAGAUGGACAUUGAAAAUCGCACUCCAAAAGUUACGUUUGAACCCAAUGAAGUUUACACUAUUGAUGUGUGUUAUACCACCGGCAGUGAUAAACCAGUCACAAGUGAGCGUCGUACCACGGUUUUCAAACGUCAGGUGGACAAACAAUACCGUCUCAAGAUGAAGACUUCUCGCUACGUGUUUAAGGAGAUUAAUUCCAAAUUUCCAACUUUACCCUUUACCAUCCGUGCUUUUGAUGAUGAGAGUCAGGCCCGUAUGGGUGUUGUGGAGUGCGUUAAACACGAUUUGUUGCAGGCUUAUCCAAUCUUGGAAGGCCGUUCAGGGGACAAGGUGGCUCACUUUAAAAUUACGGUGUUAUUACUACCCAAUGGUACCACCAAAAUUACGGGGCUUGAUUUUCCAAGUGACAAGGUUCACACGGACAAGAAAGUAGAUGAAGAGACGGCUAAGAUUCUUGCAACUUCGUUGAAAAAGAAGAACAAAAAGAAGAAGAAAAAGCCGGCAGCUUAA